GCGUGGAGUUUCUGAAGCAAUUUAGUAAUCAAACUGUUCAAAUUGUCUAGAUAAUCCCUCGAUCGAUGAAAAUCUUCCGAGUAGAAGAGUUUUCUCAAUUUAAAAAUCCUCCUUCUCUAUCAAUGAAAAUUUCUCCAAUGGUGGCUGUCUCUUAAUCGAUCAAAAGCCAAUACAGAAGUUUUAAUUUAAAACCUACUUAGGAAUGCUUAAUUCGUCGAAUUAUUUGAAAAUACUAUUUUGAGCACCUUAAGUACACAGAGCAGGCAUUUAUAAGAAUUAAGUCUUUUUUUAUAUUAAUGACAAUUCUCUACAGAUCGAAUUUUUUCACGAAAAAAGCGACGUGAUUACCAUAAUACAAAGAAUAAGAGUUACUGAGGUAUUUUUUAACACUGCAGUUCCAAAUGUUUCACUUAGUGUCAAUUCUAGAUUGAUGAAAAUUUCGCGAGCGACAAAAAGCUCUCAACUGAUAGGAAAUGAAACGUUCUUGAACGAUAAUAAAAUAAAUUGGACAGAUAAAAAAUCUUCUCUUGAUUUUUAGGGAUGCGUUUUUAUUUAAAUGUGAUCUUGAUAAGCCAUAAUUUUGACUAGUGUUUUGUUAUUUCAAGAAACCUUAUCUUCCAUUCUGGAAAGGUGGAUUUGCACCUCGCUAGCUGGAAAGACAUCUUGCCAAAGAACUGGCACUAAAAUGAAUUUUACUAUUUUUUAUUGCGGCUUUCAUUCAUGAUAUUUCUUCUACGUGCACGCUAUGCUUGGUAAGAAUAAGUAAAUUUAUUCAGUUACCAGGGACGCUUUCCUUUCGAUGAAAAAUUCUAUAGGAAAAUUCAUUACCUGACGAGGGAAUUCCAUCGCGAUGUCGGUUUGUCAAGUGAAAUUGAACGUCGAAUUCACGAGUCAGGUUAUGAAUUUUCCUCGAAUUGCUUAGCCUUCUUUUUAAAUGAAAGAAAACCCCGUUUCAUUUACGUCUGUGGGAAUGUUGCAAUAUUCAACGCGCCCUCGAGAAAAGCCAUUCCAAUGAAUUAAAAGCCGCGCUUUCAAGAGUCGUAAUUCCACGCUGAAUACCUCGCCUAGCUAAUAAAUCAGGGUGCGAGAAUUCUCUGAGCUAUGCGGUUCUGGUUUGAAUUUCAGGAAAUUUCCAAUGACGAGUGGAACAGUAUUUUCUAGAAUUUCCACAAAAGUGGACAACCUCGCGACGUAUACCUAAAUAUUUGGACAUUUUUUACCGGAAAUUUCCGUCUAUUUGAUUUUCCUUCCAGAGUCUAGAGUUUUCAGUUGAAUGGUUCGCUGCAGGAAAUUCAACAAUUUUUGGAUUUUCUGGAAACUUCCCGAGGGAAUUUCCGUACCAUAUUUCCCCGUUUAGAAAAUUACUAAUUUCAAUUAACAGCCAGUACUAAUAAAUUGCCUUAGGGAAAUACCUUUUCUCUGUUUAGUUACAUGCAUACUGCGUUAUAAGAAUGUCUGCGAGAGAUUUUCCUUGGUCUUAGAAAUUUUCCUCAGUUAAGAAGUCCCCCAUGUUCGCGAAAUUCUUCGCUCGAGAAGCUUUUAUCGGUGGAGAAAUUUCUCCUCAUUCGAGAAAUUUUCCUUAUUCGAGAAGUUUUCCUUCGUCGAGAAAUUUUACUCAAUCAAGAAAAUUUCCAUAGUCGCGUAAAAUUACUCAUUCGAGAAAUUUAUUUCGUUUGUGACAUUUUCCUCAUUCGAGAAGUUUUCCAUGUUCGAGAAAUUUUCAUUGUUUGAGAAGCUUUCAUCGGUCGAGAAAUUUUCCUCAUUUGAGAAAUUUUUCUUUUUGCGAGAAGCUUUCAUCAGUGGACAAACUUUGACCAGUCGAGAACUUUCCACCAGUCAAAAAAUUUUAAAUAGAAAAUGACAAUUUAUCAAAUAAAACUGUCCUUCGUUAAGAAGGUCUGGGAAGUUCCUGUUGUGUCUACUUUAGUCACGUACGUCAACCGUUGGUUUUCGACAACGAUAUGCUGACCUUUCGAAAUAGAAACACGAAAAAGUUUAAAAUUAACACGAAAUCCUUUCCAAAAAAACUAGCCCCAUAAGUGGAUUUCAUAUCCAGGUCUUCUAUUUACAUUUCCUGUUAAUCAGACGAUUUUCCUCGUAGAAUUGUCAAAAUGCUUAAGUGCACGUGGUGUUUGUUUAUAUGGCUUAACGACGAUUAAAACUAACCAAUCAACGCAUGCAUGUUUUGUCGGUUGUUGCAUAGUCCAUAGUCCAUAGUUCUUCGGGCUCGCAGAGAUAACAUCUAUCUCAAGUCUAUGAAGUUUAUAAGCACAUUGAAGGCUUUUUUGCUGUUGUUCGGGAUAUUUUUUUUUCGGAAAAUUACCAGCGUGCUCUAAGAAAUCUGCGACCAUCAGUGAAGGGAAUAAUUAGUUAACUACCUCAGUUGUGUAGUAUCGGACGCGCUCACCACAUUAUUACGUGUGAGGUUACCUCUAGUAUUACAUCAAUGCCAUUUCACUUGGGUGAACGUUGGAGAGGAACGUGUGAGGUUACCUCUAGUAUUAUAUCAAUGCCAUUUCAUUUGGGUGAACGUUGGAGGAACGUGGUAAGAUAAAUACCGCAUUAACCACUGAACGUGCAGGACAUACACCAAUACAGCAGCAGAGAUGUCCAGAGGUGUGUUGCAAGAUAUCGCCAGCUGCACGGAGUGAACAACCCUUUUGUUUACUUGCCGACCUCUAUGCCGGUCCGAUAGCGAGAUGAGUACCUUAGGAAUCCUCUAUAUUCUGUUGUCGUCAUCUCUCAAUACGGUAUGCUUUUGCCUUGAAACUAAUCAGAGGGGUUGUAAAGACACAUUAGCUAAGAUAUGCAUGUAAAUAACAUAAACUAACCGUUGCUGUAGUUGCUGUGUGGCUGUGUCCUUACACUCUUGCGGAGUCAAUCUUAGUGUUAUUGCCGGUUGAUAACAUGCCUAUAUAAUCCUAGGGAGAUUUCAAAGAAUCCGUUUUCUUUUUAUUCUGGGCUAAAUUGCAGGUACCGCUGUUCAUUUAAAGAAAGUGUACACAUAAACCGUUCAGCUCUUUCGGAAGAGUUCUUUUGAAAAACGGCGAAAUUUGUGACGAGAUCUUUACUUUUUUCAUAGAUAAAAAUAGCAGUUGAAUCCAAACAACUGAAUUAACCUGAUCAGUUAUAAUUCAAACCGUUCGAGAUGGUUCGUUAAAAUUCAAAUCAUGAGUGAUAUGGGAAACUUUUCGGGCCCACAAAGCCAUUUUUAGUUAAUCGGUAUUUAAAGGCAGAGAGGUGCAUACGCCUGAAACUUCUUGUAUGAAGGGAGCCUCUGUUCAUAAUAAGAAUAUGUGGAUAAAACAGCUCUGUAGUCAUAAGGGUGAAGAUUUUGCUACGGCUUUUCGGGUGCGAAAACUUUUCGGGACCUUCGAGAAACGGGUCCCUGAAACGAAAAGCUACCAUUGAACAGGAUUGUCAUAUAUAAUACAAAAGGAGUUAAGGAGGUACCUACAAACAGAAAAGGACAAAUUCUGCUUCAAUUGUUUCAGCGGGGCACCUAUUCAAGUUACCUGUAAUUCAUCAGGCUGGCUAUUUUCCUAUAUUUACAGUUUAUUUCCAAACUUUUAGACAGUGUGUCGUGGUAUUUACAUGUCAAGUAAAACAGUCAAUAGGGGCUGUUGAUUAACAAAGAAAUGGGUAAGAAUCGUCAAAUAGCAAAUUUAAACAUAGACGAAAACGAUUUCAAUUUGUAAAAAUACAUCUAUUUUGCUGCUAUCUGUGGAUAGAGUCAGUGAUGCGAACAAAAGAACUCGAGGAUCCUUUAUGUACAAUAGAUGAUUUCCCAUUAACACUCAAAUGAGAAGUCCUUUCUUCAUGUUACAUGUAUUUGGAUGAGUGAAGAGGGCGGAGGUAGACAAAACAAGUUUUGCUAUUAUUGCCUUUUCAACGCGUGGCACAUUUCUGGUUAAAGGCGGUAGAAAGCUAUGAUGGACACCAUUGCAUGCUUAAAAGAAUGAUUUCAGCCAUAAGCUAUGAUUGGCCAGCGCUUUGUGUUGCUUUUUAAAAACGCUUCGUCAUCUUGGUAAGCCCUGCGAGUACAAUGGCCAACAGUUAUCGCCUAAGUCUAUUGCUACUCCUUCCCGGAGGGGGUGCUAGCCCAAAGCCAGAUUACCCCCGGCAUUUUGUCAGGCCACCCCAAGAAUACACCGGUACCCAUUUAUACUCCUCUAUGGAGAGAGGCUCUGAAAGAAAUGUGACUUGACCAGGGUCAGACCUCGAACCUGGAACGCUCGAUGUUCAGAGAAUGUUGGAUGCUGGCUGUAACCAGCCGGCAAAUUUGCUAGGGCGUCCCUUCAUCCUUAUCACUAAAUUUGUCAUGUAAAAUAAUGGAAACUAUUUGCUAAACUUCGUCAAUUUUCGUCCGUGUCCAGAGGGUUCGCUCGUUUCUACACCCACGUUUGCCACAAUGUAAAUAAACACCAACAGGCAAGUGUACGCCACAUUGUUCUUCAUCAAAAUGGAAGAUAAAGAACAGAAAAUGUUAAAAUGUUUUCAAGGAAUUUUUCCUAGUAGCAGAGGAUGAUGGUAAUUUUUGAAGUUUCCUGUUAAGUGUUGUUAAUGAACUGUGUAGUUCAUAUGAUAAUUACGAAUAAAUACGCAUGAGUUAACGCGCAGAAUCAAUCAAGCAUCUGUCUGGAUUAUUAAUGCACAGGCUCCGAAUUCGAAACCACUUAAAUGGUUUCAGUUCUUCAGUGUCGAUGUUUACUUUAAUCUGAAAGAUGUAUCAACUUCGGAGCCAUUACAACACAAAUAGAUUUUUUCUUCGUCUCUUGAUUUGUAAAACAGAAUCGCCUAUUUUGAGAAUCAAAUGACAAUUUAUGAAAAUGUCUGAUAAAGGUUUCCCUCAGCAAGAGAAAAUUCAGUUACGCUCACAAACCGCGGAUCAGUUAUCGAAAUUUCUGGUUUCUGAUGAUUGGAUGGCAGGCAGAAUCAUCGUUAUCAUCAUUUCUAAUUCCGCAACUGGACUUUCUCAUCUGGCAAAUAGGGCAGGCAGAAUAUGGCAUACGAAAUCGCUGAGUCAGAUGAUAAUAACACAGUAGCAGCCGUUCUCGGUACUUGGGCUAUUGUCGUAUAGCAGUCACAUGAUCGUCACUAGAGGAAUAAAAAUCUCGAAUUCUUUUGAGUGCAUUACAAAAAUAUUUCGCAUAAAAAGUUCAUGCAAUUUAGUGGAUUAUGUAACUAAUUUGAAACAAAUAUACUCGAAUUUGUGCUACUCGAUUCAGGUUUUUUUCGGUUUGUUUGUUUUUUACUCUCGUUCUCUCCAACUGUGACAGACUGUACUAAGCGAGAAGAGAAUUUUGAAAGUUCAGACUUUCGAGAAUUAUUAAGGCGUUGGAUAAUAAUUUCCCAUCGUAAUAAACUGUGGUGGUCAAUAGUGAUUUGAAGUGACAAAUUGAAAGGAACACCUGCAAGGCUCCAAUGAAUAAAACAUUAAUAAAGCUUCGUCUUUGUCUUGAAAAUAGCAUUUCUGUGAAUAUAAUUUGGUGAGCAAGUUCAAACAAGAGCAAGUCGUAAAUUAAGAAUCUAAAAAGCCCCGAGCUGUGUUUAUAUUGGUCUCUCGGAAAAUACGCUGUUAUUAUUAUUAUUAUUAUUAUUAUUAUUAUAUCUAUUUUUGAACAAAAAAUUCUCAAAUUAUUCAUUUUAAAUUAGCCACGGAACUACCAGGACUCUGACUGGCAUUAUUUUGUGUCUUUCGCAGCUUGAAAAGACGCUAUUGUUUUUGUUCUAAUAGAUGAAUUUACAUGAAUACGUGUUAAUACGAAAUGUUUUUUGCAAGUUUUCCCUUUGGGAAUUACAGUUAAGAAAGCUAAAGUGCUCAACACCCACUGGCUGAUGAGGAUAUCGUAAGGGUGUUUUUCGUAGCAAUCAAUACCUGUCAAUGAAAAGCUUGGCCCUGUUUCUAGCCCAAAGGAAAUUGGCAAUGGAAACAAGUAAACAGAAAUGCGACAGGAAAUUAAUAUGGAAACCCUGAAGAUGGUUGAAAAAAUAUAAAAGUACGUGAAAAUCUUAUAAUAUCAAUUUUAUGAAAAUAGUUAUUGAGAUGUGAUAACUUCGAUUUGCACCAGUUGAUUAGUUGUCGUUUGUGAUGCUUUGCAGUCGAUCUAUUCCAGACGUCAAAGCACGACUUAUAUUUUUAAUUUCCUGUGGAAUUAAGAGUGCAUAUCAAACCCAUUUUUAUCUAGGAGUCUCUUGUUGACACAGUUUAUUUUUACUACAUUUAUUUAGUAAACAUGGCUGUCCAUUAUGAAUCAACUGCAUUAAGAUUUCCAUAGUCUAGAGUUUCAACUGUAGUUGAAGAGAUAUUUUGCAUUGCUUGCUUUUUUUAAGCAUCUACCCAAUAAACAGUUGUUCUUAGCAUGCAUACGAAAUGGAUUUCGAUAAAUUAAAAAGAAACUACUACUUUUUAUGUAUGUUUUGAUAUUUCUACUCUAGCUUUUUCUAGAAAAGGAUUGUUCUAGAGUUGCUAAUUUGAAGUAAGAAAUUAUAGCUUACUGUCCGAGGUUUUUGCAAUAUAUAUGCUCUAGAGGGUUUCUGAAGUAAUUUUCGUGGUUCGCAAGUAAUUCAAUCACCUUCACAUGCAUAUUUUCAAAUAUUCUAUUUAUUUCUUUGUUAUUAUUAUUAUUAUCAAGAAGCAUUUCUCCUUUUCUAUAGGACGGACGGUAAUUUUUCUGGAAUUUUUGACAGCUUGGGUUUUAAUCUUACGACACUUGUAGCAAUUUCUGUUUACAUAGAACAUCGGACACUAAAAGCCGUAAUAUUAACCAGAUAGAAUGGUGUAAUUUAAGUGACAGUUGUGGAAAUCAAAUUUGGGAAUGCUUUCACGCGAUUGGGUCCCAUCUUUAAAACGUUUACACGCAACACAUGAAAAUGAUGUGUUUUGUUUUAGUAUACUACAGUUGCCUUCUUGGUACCGGCGCGCUUGUGGUUUGAUUCAGUGAGUUUUUGAAAGCUCUUCUGAGUUCUAAACAUAGAGACUCCUUUUUGGCUCAAAGCCAGAGUACAUUUGCCUUGAAGCAUUAACAGGGUGUAAAUAGACGCUUGUUGUGAAUGUGGAGCAGAAAUACAUGUAGACGGCAAGAACUAUUUGCCUUAUUGCCAUCAGGUAUCGACCAGGCGUGCAACCAAAUAUUUCAUACGAAGAAAGGAAAAACUUUCCUGAGAUGAUCCAAAUUAUGAUGUCAUUUAUAAUAUGUUGCGGUUUCUCUAUUUUUCCAUUUCUCGCCUCGUCAGAUAAGGUCGCGAGCAAUGGCCGCAAGCUACUGUACUUGAAAGCUAGCGAAUGGUACACAAAUUCCGUCCACUACUGGCCUUUCGAAGACAUCUCUAACGGAACUGCCAAAGACUAUGCUGGAUCUAACGAUGGUCGAAUUAAAGGAGACUUCAAUACCGUUUCCGGCCUUGUUGGAUCUGCUCUCGAAUUAAAGGGAAAUGAAACUUACGUAGAUUUUGGCGUUUUACCGAGUUCUUGUCUGAACAGGCCUGCAACAUGCCGUUCUGGUUUUACCAUCGCGUUCUGGAUGAAGAUUCCAAACUUCCAAGGCAACAAAAUUAUUUUACAGCUGGGACAGCAUCGUUUCUCUCGGGGCUUUACGCUUUGGACACGAAGGGGUCUGAAAAAGAAUGUCGGUUUCAGUGUCAACACUCUACAUCGGAAAUAUGACUGGAUGCAAGACUGGUACAACGACCAUUGGAAUCACGUCGCACUUAAAUGGGACAACAACACCGGCAUUUUGAGCAUUUACUUAAAUUGCACCAUAGUCAAGGUUAUCAACGAAAGCGAAAAAGCUACUCCUCUAGACGACGAUAAAGCAUCACGACUGAUUUUAGGAGCAAGCCAUGCCAAGAGGAAAAACAUGAGAUUGAUGAUUGACGAGUUCGCCAUUUGGAAUCGAACAGUGUCAGACGACACGCUGUGCAAGGCGUUCCAAAUUCGGUCAGUGAAUGGCAACUAUAGCGAAUGGUCUAAAUUCACCCCUUGUUCAGUAUCUUGCGGUAGUGGCACGAUGAAGCGCAUCAGAAACUGUACCAGUCCCUCACCAAAAAAUCGCGGUCGAAGUUGUUCCACUCUUGGAGCUGGGGAAGAAACAAAAUCGUGUUUUCUAACGGAGUGUCCCACACAUGGAAAUUAUUCAGAAUGGUCAGUUUUUAGCAACUGUAGCAAGACCUGCGGCAAUGGAAUCAAAACAAGGACCCGAAAUUGUUCCAAUCCCAAACCUAAACACGGAGGUAGAGAUUGUUCAAAUUUGGGAUUAGGACUCGAAGUAAAAGAUUGCAAUACACAACCAUGUCCCAUAAACGGAGGCUACAGCAAGUGGACGGAAUUUUCUCAAUGUACGGUCUCUUGUGGGAGUGGAACGAGGCAAAGAAAUCGAAGUUGUUCCAAUCCUCAACCCAGGCAUGGUGGAAGAAAUUGUUCACAUUUGGGAUCAAGUAUAGAAAUUGAGAUUUGUAACACGAAUCUUUGCCCCAUACACGGUGGCUUUAGUGAAUGGACUAUAUUUAGUAAAUGUACCAAAUCGUGCGGAAAUGGCACACAGCAGAGAGCUAGAAAUUGUUCUAAUCCUGAACCGAAGCUCGGUGGAAGAGAUUGCUCGAGUUUGGGACCACAUACAGAGACGCGUAAAUGUAAUACUCACCAUUGUCCGAUAAAUGGCGGUUACACGCAGUGGACGCGAUUUAGCCAUUGCUCAAGAACGUGUGGAAUAGGAAUAAAGAAAAGACUGCGUUUUUGUUCUAAUCCAAAACCCAAAUACGGGGGUAGCAAUUGUACAAAUCUUGGGGCCCCUGAAGAUGUAAAGAAUUGUGUUUUGCGUCGGUGGUGCCCUGUGCACGGCGGAUUCACCGAGUGGUCGAAAUUUAGUGAAUGCUCUAGAUCAUGCGGAGUUGGUAUUAAAAACAGAACAAGAUAUUGCACUAAUCCAGUUCCCAUGCAUGGUGGAAAAGAUUGCACAGGAAUAGCGAUUGAGAUUAAAGUUUGUAACUGGGACCCGUGUCCUGUAGACGGGAAUUAUUCUCCCUGGUCAAAGUUUAGUACUUGUACUAGAACGUGUGCUAACGGCACGAUGACAAGGACGCGAAAUUGCUCCGAUCCUGCUCCGCAAUUUAACGGGAAGAAUUGUUCGUUCCUAGGACCACCAAUCGAAAUUAGAAAGUGCAACACUUUCCCUUGUCCAAUUGAUGGGAACUACUCAUCGUGGUCCAAUUUCAGUGUUUGUAGCAAGAGCUGUGGCAAUGGCACCAUGGAAAGAAGUAGAAAUUGUUCAAGUCCUACGCCAAGACAUGGCGGAAAAAAUUGCUCACUUUUUGGGCCUGCAAAAGAAGUUAGAGAUUGUAACUUAUUUCCUUGUCCAGUCCAUGGCAAUUUUUCUUCUUGGUCAAUAUUCACUGUCUGUAGCAAGAGUUGUGGAAAUGGGACAAAAACAAGGUCUAGAAAUUGUUCAAAUCCUACUCCAGAACAUGGAGGCAAAAACUGUUCUUUAAUAGGGCCCUUAAUAGAAGUGCGUAAUUGUAAUGUGUUUUCAUGUCCAAUUCAUGGAAACUACUCGUCUUGGUCAAACUUUAGUGCUUGUAGCGAAAGCUGUGGAAAUGGUACAAUGACGCGAUACAGGAAUUGUACUGAACCUGAACCACAGUACAAUGGAAACAACUGCUCUUCAUUUGGACCUUCAAUAGACAUCCGGUCGUGUAACGUUUUUCCUUGUCCUGUUGACGGUGGGUAUUCAUCGUGGGGAAAUUUUACAGAAUGUACGUUAUCAUGUGGCAUUGGUACUAUGUUCAGAACUAGAAACUGCUCGAAUCCUGUGCCUCAGUUGGGGGGUAAGAAUUGCUCUAAAAUAGGACCAGCGAUGGAGGUAAAAACGUGCAAUGAGCGUCCUUGUCCAAUAGAUGGUGGUUAUUCAUCAUGGUCUGAGUUUAGCCAAUGUUCCAAGAGUUGUGGUAAUGGCACUGCUCGGAGAACGAGACAGUGUUCUAAUCCUGUGCCUCAGUUUGGAGGUCAAAACUGCUCCAAGUUCGGCUCGGAUAUCGAUUUGCAACAGUGCCACUUGAGGCCAUGUCCUAUUGAUGGAGGUUACGGUGAGUGGUCUAACUACACUGAAUGUACACAAUCGUGUAAUGGGGGUACACAAAAAAGAUCUCGGCAAUGUAACGAGCCUGCUCCGAAACAUGGUGGCCGAAAUUGCUCGAGUCUUGGUCCCGAAACUGACCAGCAACCGUGUAACACCUUCCCGUGCCCCAUUCAUGGUGGAUACAGCGAGUGGACUGGUUUCGAGUCUUGCACGCGUACCUGUGGGGGAGGCAUGCUGAUUAGACGACGAAAUUGUACCAAUCCCCCUCCUGCCCACGGUGGACAGGAUUGCAUCAGUCUGGGUCCAAGUACGGAGUCCAUCGCAUGUAAUACUCAAAAAUGCCCAGAUAUUGUGUUCAAAGUAACAGUAAAUCUUACGUCAGAGAAGUGGGAUAAGAGUCUGGCAACUGGAAAGAGCAAUCGAAAGAGGGACCUCCUGAUCCUGAAAAUUCAGUCUGCGGUUGGAGAUAUCAUGGGUGAGAAUGCGGUGUCCGCUGUCGGGAAUUUUUCCUUUAGGCAGGGAAGCGUCAUUGCCGAUUUCUCCGUCAUUCUUCUUCACCGUUAUUAUCAUGGAAUCACUCGACUUCAAGAUGCCAUCAACAUGGAAGGCAAAAUAGAAGAGACACUUCCAGUUUCACUUAUAAAUUUCACCUCAACAGAUGUUCCCAGUAAACCUCCAGCAAAUGUAACAGGCAACAACCUCACAUCCACAAGCAUAGAAGUCCGUUGGAACCCAAUCCCUCCGCGCUUUACACACGGUAUUCUCCUUGGUUACAAAGUAUCUUACCUAGCAGCAGACCUCGGCAACAAUCGAAAAUGGAAUGAAUACGUGGUUAACCAUUCCACCACGUCUGUAGUUAUCUCCAAUUUACGCAAGUUUACAGCGUAUGUGGUAUCUGUUGAGGGACUUGCAACUAAAGGAAGCGGAAUUGAAAGCAAAUGUGUGGAAAUCACGACGGCUGAAGACAAGCCGAGUUCAUCGCCGUCAAUCGUUGAAGCCAGCAGCAAUAGCAGUACAACUAUCUACGUAGAAUGGUCUCCAAUUCCCCAGCACUUAACCCAUGGCAUUCUAUUGGGAUACCACAUACACUACUCUAACCUGGAUCCCGAGGGAUACGGUGACGUCGGUACGGGCAGUCACCCGACUGGACCAACUAACAGCUCGACUUUGAUAAAGAGUCUUCUUAAGUUCACUUCUUACAGGAUUCAAGUCAGCGCGUUUACUGUAAAAGGUGAUGGGCCAUUGUCGGAUGCUGUGAUCGUCCGGACAGAAGAGGAUCUUCCCAGUAAACCUCCAGCAAAUGUAACAGGCAACAACCUCACAUCCACAAGCAUAGAAGUCCGUUGGAACCUAAUCUCUCCGCGCUUUACACACGGUAUUAUCCUUGGUUACAAAGUAUCUUACCUAGCAACGGACCUCGGCAACAAUCGAAAAUGGAAUGAAUCUGUGGUUAAUCAGUCCACCACGUCUGUGGUUAUCUCCGAUUUACGCAAGUUCACAACGUAUAUGGUAUCUGUUGAGGGACUUACAAGUAAAGGAAGCGGAAUUGAAAGCAAAUGUGUGGAAAUCACGACCGCUGAAGACAAACCAGAUGCUUUCCCUGAAAAUUUCACUGGUUUCAACAAGAGUUCCACAUCUCUGUUUGUGGAGUGGCGGCAUAUUCCUCGGGGACAUAGAAAUGGCAUUCUCCAAGGCUACAGAAUUACCUACUAUCCAAAAAAGUCUUACCAAGCAGUCAAACAUAAAACCGUUGAGAGCACCAGAUCAUCAACAACACUUUCCAACUUGAAGAAAUACACUUGGUACGUCAUUAAAGUGGCCGGAUACACUAGCAAAGGACUGGGACCUCACCCUCCACAACCGCUAGAGAUUAGGACCAGUGAGGAUGUGCCCAGUAAACCCGUGAUAAGAUUGAAGGCUCGGAACACAAGCCACACCAGCCUCCUGGUAGAAUGGAGCGAUAUACCACGUGACUUUGUCCAUGGAAUCCUAUUGGGCUUCAGAGUGCUCUUCUGGCGAUCCAACGAAUCACGUGAGACGUACGAGAUAAGAGAAAUUACCCCCGACAAAAACUCUCUCCACUUAAAAGAUCUGUGGGUUUACACCAAAUAUAAGAUACAAAUUCUUGGCUUCACCGCGGCUGGAGAGGGUGCUGUUAGCAAGGAAUUGGAAGUGUCAACAGAUGAAUUUACUCCUAGCCAAUCUCCUAUCAACGUUCGAGCACUGAAUAAGACACACCCCACAAAGAUUGUGGUCCGAUGGAACCCAAUCCCCGACGAAUUCUACGUCCACGGUAUACUGCGCGGUUACAAAGUGAUUUACAAAGCCAUAGCUAUUGCAAACGAGCACCUCGAGGAGGAACUGGAAACGAAUCAAGUGACAGUUCCAAGUUCCAAUUUGUCGGCUGUUCUUGAGAAUUUGAAUGCAUUCACAAGAUAUAGUAUUGAAGUUCUGGCAUUUACGGUGAAAGGUGAUGGCGUUAAGAGUACACCGAUAAAAGCAGAAACCUGCAAUUGCCACAGUACUGUUUUCACCAACUGGUGGAUCAACCCUCCCUACGUGGACAGACCGGACUCAAACAAAAGCGGAAUUAUCACACCCAUCUUAAAAGAAUCUGUUUAUGCCUGCUGUGGAAAUUGCACAGACCAUGGGACCACACGGGUAGACUUCGACCACACUGCCUCGGGGCGUCCUGCAAAGAAAUCAGGGCUCGUACAGUUCAAAGGAAACUUUGAAGAGAACACUGAGUUCCAAUUUCCGGUGUAUGGCUUUAUGGAUCAGACUCGUUUCUCCGACAACUAUGGUUUCGUUCCUUUUGUCCAGUCACCAGGCUUAGCGCUGAUCAUCAUCGGAGAUGAAAAAGGCACCGCUGCAACUCUGCUGCUGAAAUCGCUGGCGUUUUGCUUUCCGAUACUGUUCCUGUCCAUUGCCAUGCUGUGGGUGUCUAGCUUAGCCAUGUGGUUUGUGGUAAGUCCCCUGCUAUUGGGCAGGUUUGACUCUCAAGUUCGUCACAAAAUCAGACCUGACGCAAAACGCUUAACUUACAACUGNGCCACAUUUACAUCGGCACAAACCAACAAACGACCUUUUUGCGGUCAACUAAUAAUGCUUUCAUUUUCAUAUUUCGUCUCCAGAUACGGUGACCGGAUCCCCAAAACGCCAUUUGGUCGGCUGGUUUGUUUAUCUUGGAUCUUGUUAGGCCUGGUCAUGGUCACGUGUUUUAAUUCCACCAUGACAACGCUGCUAACUGCGAGAAUCUUGGACAGAGAUGUGCCCUUAUAUGGAACAAAGAUCGCUGCCAUUCAGAACUCGUCCGGAUAUCGUAUCGCUAUCAGGAAAAAUGCCCGAGUCAACCCAAAUGGAAAGGAAUACACUAAUCUGCAAGAGGUUUACGAUGCGCUUACUAAUCGCGAGGUCAAAGGAAUGCUCAUCGACGCUUUUACAGUCGGAAGCAAGAAGCACCUGUUUAACCGGCGAGACCUGAGAAUCAGUAAACUACUGGACUACAAAGCUGCUUACGGGGUGGUGCUGGGGGGAGAAGCCAAGAAGCUACAGCAGUGUUUGCAGAAAUACGUUAGCGAGCAACGUUCUGAGAUUUCGAAGAUUGUUGAGGAAAACGUUGAGACGAUUGAGAUUACACCUAAGAGCAUGUCCGUGGAGCGGUCAGGCAGUCUGUUUGACCCGCAGUUUCCAACAUACGUCCGUGCAGUAAUCGUUUGUGGAGUUCUUCUUUGUGUCUUGUGGCUCGUUGGAGCGAAGUUUGAGUUUGCAAAGAAGAUGGGUUGGAUAAAGUUCAGAAUGAAAGACACAAGCGAAAGUUAUUCCCUUCCAAGGCGUGUUGAACUGAUGAGACAUAAAGAGGAACUGAAGGCUGAAAUGUCCAAAAUAGUCGCCAUUUUCAAGAUCAACUGCUCCCGUCGAAUACAAGUGCUAAGACAGCGACACAAAAAAGAACUGCUUCAUCUAGCUAAGCUUAAAAGACAUGCUGACAGUGUGGUCAUCCAAAAAGGAUCUUUGCACAGAGACAGUUUAUUUAGUUUCGCUUUCGCGAUGAAAACUCCAGAGUUGAGUAAUGGAUCUGAUAGAAAUGGUCACACGAAACAUGAUUCGUCUUUGAAACACGACGAGGGUGAAGAUGAAACCAUAGUCUAGAGAAUAUUUCCCAGAACAUUCGCAGCAAUAAUCAUAGAAUGAUUCCCACGUACUCUUCCUCGAAAUCACUACACCACGGGCAGUGUCACGGAAAGGUACAGGAGAAGCAACGUUACCUGCGAAAAUGGCUGCAAAAGGGAUGAC